AUGAUUUACAAUCUGGGAUUUAGAAGGAUAUUACGCAUUUCUAUAUUUAUAAUAUUCUUAUUUAAUUUUACAUAUGUAUGCAAUAUUAAAUAUAAUGUAAUAAACAAAAAAAAUGUAUCCUUGGUCAGUGAUACACUAAGUUGUCGAGAAAGGGGACAAAAAUGGUGGUUACGAAAAACGUCCGCCUUUUUAAAAAGGAAUAGUUUUAGUAGAAUAAUAAAAUGGCAUAACAAAAUACAGAAUAAUAUAGGCCAUUCACAAAGGCCAAUUUAUUCAUUAAAUUAUAUUCCAAGUUUUAAUCCCCUAUUGUUAUUAAAAAAAUGGGAAGGACUUAUAAAAAAAAAAAAAAUUAAUCACAAUUUUUAUGAGAAAAAGCAUAAUAAAACACCAAGGAAUAAAAAUUCAACCUGUCACAUAUCAGAAAAGGAAGAUGUAAAUGAUUAUACUAAAGAGAACAACAGCAAUAUUUAUAAGGAUAACGAACAUAGUAAAAAACAAUACAAUGAUAAUAAAGAUGGCGAUAUCCUCAACAAAGACAUUAUGCCAAUUGAAAAUUCAGAUUUAAAUAAUGAAAUGCUACAUAAAUCUAACAUUGAACAGAAAAAUGUUCGUAAUUUUUGUAUCCUAGCACAUAUUGAUAGUGGCAAAUCGACUUUGGCUGACCGAUUUUUAGAAUUAACAAAUACAAUUAAAAAAAAAAAAAUGCAAGAUCAAUUUUUAGAUAUGAUGGCACUUGAAAGGGAAAGAGGGAUAACUAUUAAAUUAAAGGCUGUUCGUAUGAAUUAUAAAAAUUAUAUUUUUAAUUUAAUUGACACACCUGGACAUUUUGAUUUUUAUCAUGAAGUUAAAAGAUCACUAAAUGUUUGCGAAGGUGCAAUUUUACUAAUAGAUGGAGGUAAAGGUAUUCAAGCACAAACUCUUAAUAUAUUUUUAGAAAUAAAAAAACACAAUAUCAAAAUAAUUCCAGUAAUAAAUAAAAUUGAUUUAAAUACAUGUAUAUAUGAUAAAAUAUGUGAAGAUUUGGUAAACAAAUUUGAUUUUAAAAAAGAAGAAAUUUUAAAAAUAUCCGCAAAAUAUGGAAAUAAUGUAGAAAAUGUGUUUCAAAGAAUCAUAACGGAUAUACCUCACCCUCCUAUACAAUCAAACACAUUUUUCAGAGGUAUUGUUUUUGAUUCUUUUUAUGAUCAAUAUAAAGGAGUAAUAUUGAUCGUUAAAGUGUUAAAUGGGUUUCUAAAAAAAAAACAAAAAAUUUAUUUUAUAAAUAGUAAAAAAACAUAUAUUAUACAAGAAGUGGGUUAUUUAACCCCUAAUAUGAAACCAACUGAUAUAAUAUACCAGGGAGAUAUUGCAUAUAUUUCUUCAAACAUUAGAAAUUUUGAUGAUAUUGAAAUUAGUGAGACUAUAAUCAAUCAUGAUGUAGUUCAAAUAAAUGAACAGCAAAAAAAAAUACAUAUAAAUAUUAAAAAAAGCGAUUUUUAUAGCACACUCACAAAUACUGACCAACACAUUUCUAAUACCAUUAAUAAUGAUGUUGAUAAUCAUGUUAACAUAAAUUUUGAAAAUAAAGAAAAUGAAAACUUAAUAAAUGUAAAAGAAGUUCAAUGUAAUACAGAAUAUGAUUUACAUAAUUUGGACAAAAAGGAGGUGGGUAUCGGCACAGGGACAAUAAAAGAAGUGAACCAAAUCGAAAGUACAGAUACUGAUACAGAUAAAAUACAUGAAAAAAAUGAAGAAUUCGAAGAAAUAAAUAUAAAAGAUAUUGCAGCGGAUAAAAUAGAUAUUGCUUAUCCAUCUGUCUAUUGUAACAUAUAUAGUGUGAAUGAUAAAAAAUGCAAAGAACUGGAAGUCGCAUUAAAUAAAUUGAAGCUAAAUGAUACAUCCUUUUCAUUUAAAACGGAUAUAUGUGAAACAUUAGGGAAGGGUUUUAAAUGCGGGUUUAAUGGAUUAUUACAUUUAAAUAUAAUCCAAGAAAGAAUCAAAAGAGAAUAUAAUGUAGAAACUAUUAUUACAGCCCCUUCAGUAAAUUAUUUAGUAAAGGUAAAGGAAAAAUAUAUAGAUAAAAGGUUAAAAGCUAAGUUAAUAGAAAAAAAUUUUGAUAUAAAUAGUAUUAAUAUAGAUGAUGGAAAUUCUGAAUCUACGAAAAAAGAAGCAAGUGAAACUAAAACACCAAGUGGAAUGUUUUUUAUGACCAGUAAUUCAAAUGAUAUACCUCAGAAAAAUUAUAUUGAGCAUAUAUAUGAACCUUAUGUUAAAACAAAUAUUAUUACUCCUGAGGAAUAUCAAAAGCACAUAAUGAAUGAGUGUUUUAAAAGAAGAGGAAUUUUUAUAAAAAAGGAACAUAUUAAUGAUCAAAUAAUUUUUACUUUUGAUAUGCCAUUAUCAGAAAUUUUGAUUAAUUUUUUAGAUGAAAUAAAAUCAUCAACUAAAGGUUUUGGAUCAAUGAGUUAUGAAAAUUAUAUUAUAUAUAAACAAAGUGAUUUAUACAAAGUUCAUAUAUAUAUAAACAAUAAAUGUAUUGAAUCCUUGACAUUUAUUGCACAUAAAUUAAACUAUCAAGAAAAAUCUAAAGCCAUUGUCUCAAAAUUAAAAAGCCUAAUUAAUCCUCAUCAAUUUUUGAUUGUUAUUCAAGCUGCUAUUGGGUCAAAUGUUUUUGUUUCUGAAAAAAUUAAGCCAUUAAAAAAAAAUGUGACUGCCAAGUGCUAUGGAGGUGAUAUAACACGACGCAGAAAAUUGCUCGAAAAGCAAAAUGAAGGUAAAAAAAAAAUGUUUACUAUAGGUAAGGUAAAGUUGCCUCCCGGUAUUUUCACAAAGUUAUUUAACAUAAAGGAUAAGUAA